GUCAAGACCAUCUACCAAUUCCCGAAUGAGACGUGGGUUGAAAACUUGGCGAUACGUGCAGACGGACACAUUCUUGCAACUCUGAUCAGCUCGCCAGAAGUCUGGCAGAUCGAUCCCGUAUCGAAGAGCGCAACUCUCGUCACUCGAUUUGAAAACGCCACGAGUGCUCUCGGAAUCGCUGAGGUUCAGCAGGAUGUCUUUGCAAUUGCAGUUGGGAACUGGUCAGACGUCACGUUCAAAACAACACCAGGAAGCUACAGUAUCUGGACAGUCGAUCUCAGGGAGAUACCCAGGAGUGCUGGUCUCUCACCGCCUCACAUUCGGGUAACCAAGAUCACGAACGUGCCUCAAGCUGGAUUCUUGAACGGUCUUUGCGCUCUACCAGGAAGGCCUAACUCCAUUCUCGUCGGCGAUUCUGACAAAGGUGUCAUUUACCAGGUCAAUCUGGCCGCCAAAUCAUCAAUCAUUUGGCUUGAUGACCCAGCCUUCAAGUCAAAUACGACGACCGCAGCAAGACUAGGCAUCAAUGGCAUACGAGUGCACGGCGGAUACUUGUAUUUCACAAAUUCUUUUUUGAGACCUACCAUCGGACGUGUCCCGAUCGACAAGCAUGGCAAGCCAACUGGGCCGGUAGAACGAGUGAUCGACGAGUCACCUUGGCCCACGAACACGGGCGAUCAUGGCGACGAUUUUGCGUUCAAUAAAGAUGGGACUAUAUGGGUGACUGCCGAUCCGUCCAACCUUCUCGCUAAAGUAGAUGUGACGAAGGGGACGUCAAGGGUUAUUGCUGGCGGACUCAAUGAUCCCACCAUUGCGGGAGAUACAUCAGCUGCCUUCGGAAGGACGUCCAAUGAUGAGCAUGUCUUGUACAUCACUACAAACGGUGGUAUCGCGUAUCCAGGAAAGACAGGUAUAGAUGGAGGCAAGGUCGUCGCGCUAGACACCAGUCGCGUCGCAUGA